CUUUGGUUCCUAUGAUGCAUUUGUUAAAGAAUUUAAGGCAGCUGCGGCAACACAAUUUGGCUCCGGUUGGGCCUGGCUUGCAUACAAACCUGAAGAGAAAAAGCUUGCCUUGGUGAAAACUCCUAACGCUGAAAAUCCUCUUGUUUUGGGUUACACACCGCUCCUCACCAUAGACGUUUGGGAGCAUGCCUACUAUCUGGACUUUCAGAACCGGCGGCCUGACUACAUAUCCAUCUUUAUGGAGAAGCUCGUGUCAUGGGAAGCAGUCAGUUCUAGGCUUAAAGCAGCAACAGCUUGAGCUGCUUAGCGAGAAGACAUGGAGGAAGAGGCAAAUAUAGCAGGCACGAGAGUACAUAUGUGAGGCAGAAUGAUUUUUGUUAAAGAGACUAUUUUCAAUCCUGCUAUUCUUCUUUCUCAGUUGAGAAUUUUAGAUGUCUUAUUAUGAUAUUUUGUAUUUGGAGGGUCAAGUGAUUUUCUGUAUUUGGAGGACAGUAUUAUUUCUGUUCUUUAGCAGCUGUUAAUGGCAGUGAAAAAUGAAUCAAGUUGAGGUGUGGAACAACAAUGUAAGAACAUGAAUAAAGAAAUCUAUUGCACAUUGAUGCUCUAA